GGAAAGAGAGAAAACAACCCAGGGGAAGACAUUACCAGGUGAACAAGCAGCAGCCAGACAUUGCAAAAAAGCCCGAGCACAGAGAGCAGUGGCAGAUGCCAGAGCAUAUGCAGAGAUGAUAGCAGAGGCGAGGAGAUGCCGACAUAGAGAUGGGAGGGCAUUAGAGACAGCAUGGAAGGCACAGGGGAGAGACCAAAAGGAGGGGGAUGACUUGUGGGAAAUCCAGGGUGUGGAGACUGAAGAGACGAUGAAAAAGACAGAAAGGGGAGAACAUGUGGAGAUAGAGUCAGGACCAUCUGUGGUGGAGGUGAUGAUGUUGACCAGAGAAAUCAAGGAGGCAACAAAGAAAACGAACAGACUGGACCCCAAAUGUGUUGAGAAGGUCAUCCAGGCAGUCAUGAUCGGGACAGAUCUCAUCCCAGCAGAGAGAGAGGAAGUCACAAACCUAGUAUGGGAAUAUGCCGAUGUUUUCGCACUAUCACUGUCAGAGGUUCAACCGGUCGACUUCAUAUGACAUGCACUGAGUGUACCACCAGAUCUACGAGGCCCCAGACAUAGCAACCAAAAACCUCUGUCACAACCACAGAUCGAGUGGCUGUACAAGACACUUGAUGACUUGGAGGAAGCCGGGAUAGUCAAGAAGAUA